AUGACGACAGUAAUCACAACAGGUCUGGCCUUUCUCCUUACUGUCUCUUUGACCAUGGGCGACUGUCCGUAUCAGGAGUGUGUAUGCAGAAAUAAGGACAUCAAGUGUCAGAAUCAGGGCCUGGACAAGAUGCCACCGCUAAUAGCCGGCUCUGUAAACACGUACCAAGUACUGAUGAUUCAGAACAACAGAAUCACCAGCAUCCCUGAUAAAUCCAUCCCAUCCGGUUUGACAGAGAUCGACUUUGGCAACAACCCCAUUUCUGACAUUGCCCCAAGUGCCUUCAACAACUCAGGGUCGACUUUGGAAACUCUGUCAUUCACAAACACACGUCUGACUCAGAUCCCAGAUGCCUUUCUAAGUCUAACAAAGCUAACCAGUUUGACAAUAAAGAAUUCGCCUCUCCAGAACUGGAAUCUUGAUGUCCUAAAGCAUAUCGGUGCAUCUCUUCGUGAACUCACUUUAAACAAUGUUGGUCUAAGAUCUUGGCCAGCCUGGAUUGCAAAUUUUCCAUCCCUCACUGAUUUAAGUUUAUCGAACAGCCAGUUGACUCCAAUUCCCGACACAGCUUUUAACAUGCUCACAAGCAGUUUAAAAAGACUCACAAUUGUGUCUGCUAAUUUAACAAGCAUACCCCGGGCUCUGACAGUUCUCUCGAAUUUGGUAUCUUUGGAUCUGAGCAACAACAGUAUCACAGAGGUUGAGAACCUGCCCUCGCAGUCGAAGCUGGAGUCACUGUCCCUUGGAUUCAACAACGUUUCUGAUGGUCCCAAACUGGUAAAUGAAUUAUCUCCCCAUGCUGCCUCACUGACCUACUUAUACCUUCACUUCAACCAGCUGUUAGUUAUUCCACAGCUGGACCACAUGACAUCCUUACUAAUUAUCCAUUUAGACAACAACAAAAUAAGUGAUCCUGCAUCCGGCCUGCUUCCCUCCAAGGUAAUAAACUUGCAGCUAAGUGCCAACAACUUCCAGGCGAUCCCAAAUGUGGUCAGACAACUUAACAAAUUGACCAGCUUAUUUAUAAGUGAUAACUCCAUACAAGAAAUCCGACUGAUUGACCUCCCAGUGCAGUUGUCUCACCUGGACAUCCAGAAUAAUGCAGUCAAGACACUCCAAGACAACACCUUCCCUGCUAACUCCUCACUCAGGACCUUGUACCUCAGCAGAAACCCACUAGCAAGCAUCUCAAAUUCAGCUUUUAAAAACCUUUCAGGAUUAGACACUCUAACACUGGGCAACACUAAUCUGACCAGAGUCCCCACAGCUUUGUCUGAUCUAGCUAGUCUCAACACACUGGAUCUGAGUCAGAACCCUCGUCUCAUCUGUACGUGCCAGGAAGCCGGAUUAGUCGCGUGGUUCCAGGCACGGCCAAACCUGAAUGUCCUUGGCACAUGUGGUGACGACAGUGUACACGAUUUCUUUACCAACUUAGCUACCCAGUGCAGGAGAUAA